CGCAGAUGCGCCAAACAACUUUCCUCUCGGAACUCCCUUAUUCCCACUUUCGUGCGCUGUACGUUCGUAUCGUUGGAGGCCAUUAUGCUGAAUAGUUACUGCGAUGUAACGUCGAACGCCACACGCCAUUUUGUGCACGCCACUAACAGUCAUACGUCAAAUCAUGUGCUGUCAUAAGUGUUUGUUGAUGUUUAGGAAGUAUUUAAUAAAUUAAUAAUAAUACAUAUUAUUAUAUAAAAAUGUCAGUUCAAAAAAGAUCGGCAAUAUGGAACGUGUUUACCGAAACGCACAAAACAGAUUAUAUAGCCACCUGUAAUAUUUGUUCCCAAGAGUUCUCUUACAGAUCUACAACAACAAACCUAAUGAAACAUCUUAAACGAAAGCAUCCUGAACACAGUGUAACUUCAACUUACGUUCAAGAUAAAUAUAUUGAAAAUAAGUAUAUCGAAGAAAAGCAUCAAGAAGUUGAAAUAGUUAUAGAAAGGCAAUUAGAAAAUGAAUGCAAGAUAGAAUCUUUCAAAGUUGAAGUAAAACCUGCUACCGAUGAAGAAUCCCCGGAUUUUAUUGUUUUAGGUAGUGGAAAAAGAAGUUCGCACUUAUGGGACUUUUUUCAGAGGAUUCCGGAUUCAGAUUAUAUGGCUGCCUGCAAUUCCUGUGAUAGCCAAUUGUCAUACAAAACUACAAUAACCAAUUUAAAGAGACAUUUGCAGAGGAAACACACGGAAUUGAUUAAAGAAUGUUCUCAACCCGAAAAUGAAUUUCAAGAACAAUUACAACCUUUCGACCCUUCAAAUGAUGAUAAUGUCGAAAAUAUAGAAAAUAAUGCCAAUCCUCCAGUAAAUAACUCUGUUGAAGAAAAUGAAGAUGAUUUUUGGAAUCUUCAAGAUGAGCCUGAGAGUGAUAAAGAAUUUAGACCAUCUCCAGAACAUGAAGAUGAAUUUGAGUUUAAACUGUCAAAUAGUUGCAAGAAAAGAUCUCAAAUUUGGAAUGUAUUUACAGAGAAGCCGGGUAGUGAUUAUGUAGCCUUUUGCAAUGUUUGCAAACAAGAAUUUUGUUAUAGAAGUACCACAAAUAAUUUAAAAAAGCAUUUUGAAAGAAAGCAUAAAGGUAUGCUUAUGGAUACUAAAAUAGAUCUAGUUAAACCAGAAGUACAUUCACCUGAUGAUAAAUUUUACGAACGGAUGAAAAAUUAUUCUUCUGAUGAUGAAAUUGACGAUAAAAAUGAAGAGGAGAAAACCAGUAGAAGAAAACCGUCCCAAAUUUGGAAAUAUUUUACGAAAAAGAACGUCGGUGAAUAUGUAGCUUAUUGUAAUAUUUGUAAAAAGGAAUUGGGUUAUAGAUCUACAACAUCAAAUUUAAAAAAGCAUUUGGAUAGAAAACAUCCACAAAUAAAAUUAGUUAAAUCGGAAGUCGAAUUAGAAAAGCCUAUUCCUGAAGCCUCAUUAAAAACAUGUUUAAUAUGUUUACAAACUGAUGCAACUGAAGGUAUAGAAUUCAUGCAAGUUAAUAGUUGCGAUCCCGAAGAAAAAUCGUAUAUGCUUAAGAUUCAAGAAAUAAUGAAUCAAUCGGUGGAUAUAGACGAAUCUCAUGUGUUAUGUCAACCUUGCAUCAUAGAUUUAGAAAAAGUUCUCAACUUUAAAGAUAAAAUUAUGAAAGCUUUUGAAUUUUGGAGUAAAAUCGAACCUGAACCUGAGCCCGAUGAGCCAGAGCCAGUUGACAUUUCAGCAGAUGAUCCUCCACAUCACUCCGACUAUUCUGAUUUGGAAGAUGGAGAAAGUUUGGCGAAAUUCACCUGUUCAAAGUGCCAUAAAGUAUUUGCGUCGCCUUCCAUUAUGCUAAAACAUAAUUGUGAUCAAAUUAAAAAGCAAAAAUCGAUUCAAAAAAGAGUGAAAUUUGCCGAUAGGGACAGCAAGUUCUAUUGCGACCAUUGCGGUAAAGGUUUUUCCAUCAAGUGGAAAUUGUCGAAACAUAUAAAAAGAUGUCCGAAUAUCAGCUCAAAACUUUUUCUCUGUAGUUUAUGUAACAGAGAGUUUAAAAAAGCUUACCAUCUAAGAGAGCACAUGGCAUCCCAUACAGGGGAGCGCAACUAUAGUUGUAAUAUUUGCGGCAAAACAUUCCAAAGAUCGUCUUCAAGGCACAAACACAUGCGCAGCCAUAAUGCAAAACCCGGUGAAAAAUCGAAGAAGACGCCAUUUUUGUGCACUAUCUGCGGGAAGAGUUUUCCUUAUUCCAACGGGGCUUCUAGACAUAUGAGAGUACAUUUUGGGGAAAGAAGGCACGAGUGUCACAUUUGUUUGAAGAGGUUUAGCCAGACGACACAUUUGAAGGUUCACUUAAGAACGCAUUCAGGCGAAAGACCUUACAAUUGUGUAAUUUGUAGUCGGACGUUCUCUUUGAAUGCAAGUUUGAGAAAGCACAUGAGGCUUCACGUAGGUUCUGGAGAUAUCAUCAAGUUAGUCAACAAUAUGGAUGCGAAUUUGGAUACCAAUAUGGAAGAUAAUUUGGGAAACAAUAUAUCAAUGGAGAUGGGUUUGAAGGAUGACGAUAUGCAGGAUAAAUUUGAAAAUAAUUUGACCACAACUUUAGUAACUAAUUUGGGAGUGAUGGAACAUUUAGGUAGCGAACUGGAUUCGGAUUUGGAAACGAAUAUAGUGCAUGCGGAAGUAGUUACUGAAGACGGGAUACAUGUUUUGACGCAUCAUGACAUUGCUUUAGAGGAAGAUCAAUGUGCUGGGUAGAUUUUAGUUAUAAUUUAAGUGAAAUUACGAAGGAAUAUACUAAUUAUUAAUAAAUGCUUUAUUUAUUAGAAAAUGUUUUAUU